UUGAAAAUAAAACAAGUUGAAAUAAAAUUGUUAAUAUUAAAAAAAAUAAAAUAAAAUAAAAGCAUGAGUGUGGAURAUAGUUUGAUAGAUAUCGAGAAGAUUAUGAAAACUGAAGAUGAAGAAUUUACACCUGGAGGCGGAUCUAAUUUAGCUGCUAUUUUUGGAAAUUUUCAUGCGGAAGAUCAAGACAAACCUUGUGUAACAAAACAAACAACUCAGAAAAAGUCUAACAGUAAACGUAAUAAAAAUUUAACACCAUUAUCCACUAAAACAGAAGUAAUAAUAGCUAAAGCAAUUCACGCAUACAAAUUACAAAAUGGACAAUAUAUUUCUGCUGGUACACUUGGAAUAGCAUUAACAGGAAACAUUUCUACAAGGACAUAUCAAAUAAUUCUAUAUAAAACUAAAUACGAAUAUGUUUCUGUAGUUAAUGUGAAAAGUGACUUUACAUAUACCGUACAAGCAAAUAAUUAUUCUACGUAUUACGAUGACAAUAAUGAAAAUUGGUCGAUAUUAUUUGAUAAAGAAGAAGCUUCGAUAAAAUUUGCUAGAGAAUUAGCCAUUGCUAAAUAUUUUUCAAAAGAGGAUAAAAUAGAGAACGUAAUUUAUCAAAAUUUAACACCAGUUAAUAAAGACGAAGUUAUAACUAAGGAAGGAUCCAGAGUAACACUGAAGUAUUUUAUUACUACAGAUAUUGUACACUUGUUUGAUGUGAAUUAUGAAUUGUUUCAAACAAUGACGGUUAAUAUAUCAAUGGAUGAUAGUUGGGAACGAUCUCUACUAGGAAUCAGUAAAGAAUUAAAAAGGAUUUUAUUUAUACCUUCUAGUAAACAGAUUAGCUUAGGUCCAGGUUUUCCAAAAGAUAAAGAUGUAUUGAUGGAAAUAGAGGUAACAGAUAUACAAGAAUUAGAAGAACAAUUUUCUUUAACUAAACCUAUAGUUUCUGGUAAGGCCUUGUUAUUGUCAAGAAUGGCUAAAAUGGGUCAAUCAAUUCUUCCAAAAAUGCAAACAUCAACAACUACAGAUUCUGAGGAUACUGAGGAUGAUUUUCCACCAAAAAAACCAUGUCAUAAAAAGAUAGAAUCAUUAGAAGUACAAAAAAAGCAUACGGUGAAAGAAAUACCACCUGUUACACAUGAAGUGGCUAAAUCGAAACAUAAUGUGCCUUCUGCGAAUCCCAUUGUACCUAAACCAUUAAUUCCUGCUACUACAUUCACAUCUUCGUGGUCUAAUCCACAAUUACAAUCAAAUUAUUUAACAACGAAUGGUCAAAUGUAUGCCUUGCAACCACAAGCACUAACACAAGCAGUACCUACUGUUAUUGAUCCAAAUUUGAAUAUGCUUUUGUCAGAAACUAGAAUAGCAAAUGCUGAACUCAGAAUGGGAAUGUCUAAAGUAGCUGAUAAUGUACAAAAAGUACUCGAUAAGUUUCACAAUUUAGAAUUGCAAAAUGCAUCUUCAACGAAAGAUACGAAGAUGGAAGAUACUUUGAAAUUAUUAUUAACUAUGAAUCCAUUGCAAAGCAAUGAAUUACUAAAAACAACAGAUGUUCAAAAAGAUGAUUGUUAUAAAGGUGAACAAUUAUCUGAGUUAUCGAAAUUAAAGAAAGAAUUGUUUGAAGUAGAAAAUGAAGUAAGAAAUUUAAAAGAAUCGUUAACAAAAAGUACAGAAUUAGCUAAGAUGUUUGAAGAAGAGAAAGUAUCUUUGUCUUUCAUUAAUAAAGAAUUAGACAAUAAAAUUAAUACAUUAGAUGUAUUAUUAGAAAAAUAUAAAGAAUCUCAAAAAGAAUAUGAAAAAGAGAAUGCAGAAUUAAAAAAGAAAGUUUCAGAGCUUAAUGCAAAGUUAGAUUCUGCUAUGAUAGAAACUAAUGCGGUAUCUUCCAAAAAUAUUGAUAUAGAAAAUAGAAAUAAGGAAAUAAAAUAUAUUAUAAACAAGACGUAUCAUAUUUUGAGGGCAACAUUUACAGAUGAUUCGUACAGCACGGAACAUAUAAAAAAAAUUAUAUUUAAUACAAUGAAGAACAUUACAUUACAAAUAUUACAAGAAGAAAAGAAUUUAGAAACUGAAUCUGAAUCAGAAAGAGAUACAAAAAAUACAUUGAAAAAUAAUCAAGAUAAUAAUGAACGAUCAAAUAAAUUUUCAAACAAUCCAAAUUCAGUUUUACCAGUAGAAGAAAAUGUACCACCGCCUAUUCCACCAAUGGACAAUGAAUUAGACAAUGGUAUUUAUUAAUGUGAUAAUAAUAUUCUUAUUAAUUAAUGACGAGAUGGAUUUCUUCCAUAGAAAAU